AUGCACCAUGGCAUCCAGCUCCCCUUCCUCCUGCUGCUUCUCGUUCAGGUGUGGCCCUGUGACUCUGUCCAGGAGAUUCAGACCAAUCAGGAGACCAUCAUGAAGAUCAAUUCUGCAGGGCAGUUGAUGCAGUGCUCUGCGGGUGUGGAUCUCCUCCUGCUGAUGGACAGCUCGUACAGUGUUGGGAAGGGCAGCUUUGAGAGGUCCAAGCACUUUGUGCUGAAGCUGUGUGAAGCCCUGGACGUGCAGCCCAGCAGGGUGAGGGUCGGCGUGAUUCAGUUCAGCUCCGUUGCUCACCUGGAGAUCGCCCUCGACUCAUACCAGACCAAGGAGGAGCUUAGGAAACGCGUCAAGAAGCUCUCCUUCAAGGGCGGCAGCACGCAGACCAGCUCGGCUCUGAAGUAUGUGCUGUGGAAAGGCUUUCCCGGGGGUCGAAACGGCACGGUGCCUCGGGUUCUGGUGCUCCUGUCUGAUGGGAAGUCUCAGGGCAAUGUGCAGCUGCCCGCCGCGGAGCUGAAGAAGGAGGGAGUCACCCUGUUCGCCGUGGGAAUCCGAUACCCCAGGUGGGAGGAGCUACAUGCUCUGGCCAGUAUUCCCACGGAACGGCAUGUUUUCUUCGCUGAGCACUUCUAUGACGCGGUCAACGGCCUGUACAGCACACUCACCCACUCCUCUGUCUGCUCCGCUGUGCCCACAGGCUGCAGGAUAGAACCUCACCCCUGCGAGCGGAAAACACUGGAAACCGUGAAGGAACUGCAGGGAAAUUUCAUGUGCUGGAAAGGAUCCAAAGGUUACUCUCCCUCAACCUCCCUCUGCCCUUAUUACAGGUGGAACAGAAUUUAUAAGAAGCACCAAACGACCUGCUACAGAACAACAUGUCCAGAGCCCUGUGACUCCCAGCCGUGUCAGAACGGGGGCACCUGCGUGUCUGAGGGGCUGGACAGCUUCCGCUGUGUGUGCCCGGCGGGGUAUGCGGGAGACCCCAACUGUGCCCCUAAAUUAACUUUAGACUGCACAGUGGAUUUGCUCUUCCUGGUGGAGGGCUCCACCACUCUCACUCUGGAGGGGUUUCUGCGCUACAAGUCUUUCCUUAAGCGCUUCCUGCAGGCGGUGCUGGCCGCAGACACGCCCGUGAACGUUGGCGUGGCCCAGUAUGGGAGCGAGGUGCGGAUGGAGAUGCGUAUCGGGGAGUACAGCUCGGUGGCGGAGCUGCUGGCGGCAGUGGAGCGCAUGCAGCCGAGCGGGGGGGAAGCGCGGACGGGCAAGGCGCUCCGCUACGUCACGCGCAACGGCUUCAAGAGCACGCCGGUGUUCGCCGACGUGCAGGACGACCUGCCGCGCGUGGCGGUGCUGCUGACCGACUCGCCCUCGGCCGACGCAGUCAGCGAGCCGGCCAGGUACGCGCGCGACCGCGAGAUCUUCCUCAUCGCCGUGGGACCCGAGGCCCUGAAGCCGCAGCUGCACAACAUCACUGGCAACAUCCAGCGCACCGUCACCUACAGCAGCCAGAGCCACCUCUUCACCAAGAUCCCUGAGCUCAGAGCCAAGAUCUGCAGCGUGGACAACCAGGGCUGCCUGGGCCAGGCGGUGGACCUGGUGUUCGUGCUGGACGCCUCGGCGGGGGUGGGCCGGGAGAACUUUGCCCGCCUGCGUGACUUUGUGAGGAGCGCCUCGGUGCAGUUCGACAUAAACCGCGACGUGGCACAGAUCGCGCUGGUGGCAUACGGCCGCCGGCCCGUCACGGCCUUCGACCUGGACGCCCACGACUCGGGCGCCGCCGUCCUGCGUGCCAUCGGCGAGGUGGCCUACCUGGGCGGUGGCUCGUCCACCGGCAGCGCCCUGCUGCACGUCCACAGCCAGGUGCUGACCGUCCACAAGGGGGCGCGGCCGGGGGUCAACAAGGCUGUGGUGGUCAUCACCGACGGGGCCGGGGGGGAGGACGCCGCCGUCCCCGCCCAGAAGAUCCGCGACAACGGCGUGUCCGUCUUCGCCAUCGGGAUUGGCGACGUCCAGAGAGACAGCCUGCUCCGCAUGGCUGGCUCUGAGGAUCACAUGAUCUCCGUCCCCUCCUACGAGGACCUCAAGUACUUUGAGGACGUGCUGGUGCAGAUGGUGUGCGCAGACGCCAAGAGGCCGGUGAACCUGUGCAAGCCCAACCCCUGCAUGAACGAGGGGAUCUGCAUCCUGCUGAACGGGAGCUACCGCUGCGAGUGCAGGGGGUGGGAGGGGCCCCACUGCGAGACACGUGCCUCACGCACUUCAAGCCGCGGUGACCUCCCAAAACCUGCAUCACUGAGACGGCGUCAGAGGAAGAGCCACAAAGAGCUGCUCCAACGCUAUAGAGAACAACGUCGCAAAAAACACACCACCCAGUAACACACACACACACACACACACACACACACACACUCUACCCCAGCCCAGUAACACAUGGCCUGUCAUUUCAAAAGCAGCUGAGGUCAACUGAGCUGCACCUUGAUUUGAAGAAGCCCGUCACUGUGUCAGAGAAGAGGCCACAGAGGGGUCCCGCAGAGGGGUUUCGCGCUGGUCCAAGUUCUGUCUGCUUCGCCUCUACCCCCAUCUCCCACCCCACUGAACCCCGUCUGUUUACAAUGUGCCUUAUCUAUAG